AUGCGCACAGCAAUCCUCGGGCAGCGCGCGCUCCGCCUCUCGCGCAGGCGCCUCUCCGGUCACAGAAGCACGACGCGGAUUGUAGUCCGGGGAUUGUCACGGGGCCGCGUUGCUAAGCAACCGCAGGGGAGGGGGAGCAAGGAAGGGAUUGCCGCGCGCAGCGCGAGGUGGGACGAAGGAGGCGGGGGAGCGAGUUCGAGACUGAAGCCGAGUUCUGAGAGCAGAGAAGCUGAUCCAGCGAUGAAGAAACAAGUCAACCUGAUGCUCAAAGGCUUUAGCGAGCUGCAGGAGGUGAUUGACCGGAAGCCACAGAACUUGGUCUGGAACCCACCCACCAGCAGCAAGAUUAACCCCAGCAAAGCAUCCCAAGUGCUCGGGCAGUACUACAAGAAAGCGGCAGCGGAACCAACCGUGACACCCUUACUGGAAGGCUAUAUGACUGAAGCAGAGAAUUUACAGAAAGGUUUCCUCACACGGCCUGGCUGCCCGAGGUACAGCCACGCGGCAACUUCGACAUCUCCAUUAGAGAGCACAUUCCCCAAAUUGACUCACCCACCAAGUAACCUGAGCACCAUGACCUUGACUUCCCAGAUGUCCUUGGAUGAUUGGAACACGCUCUGUCCGUAUUCGGAAGCCUUGGAGUUCGGCUUUAGAUGUUACCCGCCCACAUUGAGUCAAAGCACACUGGGAUUGCCAAAGCACAGGAGUUUCAGCGAAGUCCAGGCUUCCCAUUCCCUAACCAGAGGCCGCUCGAUGCAGAGAGUUCCAUGGUACGUCUCUGUGCUCCAUGAGAAGGACCAGCUUCUGCAGAAGCUUGGGAUGGAGCUGAGCCGUCUCUCCAAGUGCGAGGUGGAGUCAGCAUGGAAGGACGAGGUGAUCUCGGUCCUCCGGGAGGAAGCAGACAACCUGCAGAACCAGCUGGACCUGAUCCAGAAGGGGGAAGUCCCCAUCCAAGAGGAGCCCCCCAAAGUGAAGGAAAUUCCCAAAGAAGUCAAGGAAGAAGAGGUUAAAGAAAAGCUAGCUCAGAGAGGCCUGUCAUUGCCCGUCUGCUUAGGGCAAAAAAGCAUUCCGGAUGAGUUUAGGCAAGAGAUAGAGCGCUUGAAAUUAGAACUGGCUCAGUCAGACAGAGUUCUGGGCAGCAAGAUGUGCAUCCUGUCUGAGACGCUGUGGAAGGGCCAGGAAGAGCUGGAGCAACUGGAAAGAGAGUACCUGGAGCUGCAGCAAAAGAAAGCAAAGGAGUCCGAGGAAGAGCUGAUCUGCAGCCUUGAAUCCCAUACAAGUUUGGAAAGAUUGCUGGAGCAAGAGCCUGAACUGGAAGGGGAGGAAGAAACCAGCUCGCGCAAGCUCCAGGACUCCCAGAGAAUGAACGACGAGCUCUACAGAGAACUGGAGAAAGCGAAAAACGAUUACGACGUCGCAACGGGCGCCAUUUCGUCCUUGCAAAGGAAGCUGUCGUUCGAGGAGUCUCAGCUCCGCCGAGCCCACAUGGAGCAGGAAUUGUUCCAGAAGGAGCUGCGGGAACGAGGAGACCAGUUGGAAGCGAUGACUACCAAGUUUUGCAACCUGCGAGAGGAGAGGAAGCACGAGGAAAUGAUGGGCAACAUUGAAAGGGAAAAGAACGCACUUCGGAAGGUGGUCUCCGAGCUGGAGUCCAAAGUGGCAGAGAAGACCCAGCUGAUUGAAGAGCUGCAAGGUGACAUCAGCCGGCUCCAGGCGCAGGUGGAGGCCAACCAGUUCUACACCAGCAAGCAGCUGAACCAGCAGAAGGAGCUGCAGAGGCAGCUGGAGGUUCUGCAGAGGGUGGAGCAGCAGACCAGAGUCAUGCUGGAGGCCAUCAGCACCAGAUUUGAAAGGUUUCGAAGCAAAAUCCUCCAGGCUACCUACAGUGCCCCCGGCACCAAGUCCCCCCAGUCGGAAAUCGGAGACGAAGAGGUGUUGGAAGCCUUGCAGAAAAUAAUAAACGACCGUAUGGAAUUUUACCAAAUGCUGCGGCAGAAGGGGGUGAAACUCCCAGCCCUGAGCUCCGAACAAACUCUAACGCCGCCUCCUUCGAAGAAAAAGAGCCCAAACAAAUAGGGCAUCAUGUAUUCUUGUCCCUGAUGGAAAUACU